AUGCAGUUUAUCUCAAAAGCCGUACCGUACGGUAUCGAUCCGCCAAAUCCAAAAAUAGCUGAAUAUGAAACAUUCAAAUCGGACAAAUCAGCAAAUUUCAUCCGUGACGGCAGUGGUCACGUCGUAUUCCGACAAUACAAGCGGUUACGUCUGGGUGAUGUUUUGCAACGAAGAGGCCGAAGUGGAAUCUAG